GCCGCCAGCCCAGGCACCUUCAUCGAUCGAUCGAUUGAUAGCUAGCCAUCUACACGACGCCAGAAUGCCGCUCCUGCUGCGCCCCGCGGCGCCUAGCCCCUCCAUCGACGAGCUCGCGUUCGCGGUGCCGCUCUCGGCGCAGUCCUCGCAGCGCUCCGUGUCCUCGGCCACGUCCGAGCUGCCGCGCUGCGCCACGCACGGCCGACUGUCAAUGCGCCGCCGCCGCAGCACCGCGGGCACCGAGACGGACUUCCUCGGCUGCGCGGACGAAGCCUGCAGCGACCCGGAGCACCGCCACCACCACCUCAGGAGCAGCCUCGCGCAGCGAGCCAGCCAGCAGAACCUGCGCCGCAGCAGCGGCAUCCUCAAGCCCAAGGACGUCGCGGUCUCGGACGCUGGCUUCCGCGACUCGAAGCUCUCGUCGCGCGACACGCAGCCCGACGACGACCACCUGUCCAGCGACGGCAGCUACGGGUCGGAGGCCGAGCGCGUGUCCAGCGUGCUGAGCUGCGGCUGCUCGUGCGCGGACGCCAACGAGUUCGCCAUCACGUCCUCGGUCGUGGUCAUCGAGGACCGCCAGCUCGCCGUCGUGGACAAGGAGCUGCGCGACUUCCGCAAGACCCUCGUGCGGAAGCUGUACACGCGGCUGACGAAAAUCUCGGGCAUCGGGCGCAAGAAGUCGCCCGCAGUGUCCGCCUCCAAGCCCGUCUGUUGA